UUCGUGAAUUUAAUAACAUUGUGACGAAACUCAAAGAAAAACCAGAUAGUAUUGAACGAGUCUAUGAGAUGAGGGAUUGGAUAGAAACAAUCCCGAUGACUUUAAAACAACUAGAAGAAACUACUAGGAGAUAUGUUAUGGAAUAUGAGAUACUAGACAUAUUCUGGUAUUCUCUACAAAACGAAGAUUUUGCCAAUAAAUGGAUUGCUAUCGGAUGGCCUUUGAAAGUACAGCAAGAAGCCGAAGCUACGGAAAUCUUCUUGAAAGAAGAAGAGGAACGGUUCUAUAAAAUCCAGCUCAACGAUGAGUUUUCUCUACAAGACCGAAUCGACACAUUGACUGCACAAGUGGUGGCUAUGUCACAGCUAAGAGAUUUUGCGAGGACUGCCGAUAUAGCUUUAAACAUGCGAAAACUGUGGAAAUCUAUGAAAGAAGCCCAAGAACAAGGACAAUUGCUCAAUCAAAGGCAAAAACUCUUUGGAGUUCCUGUUGUACCGUGGGAAAACCUCAUCAGGUUAAUGAAGGAGUUCGAACCUUACAACAAUUUGUGGGGAGGAGCAUCAGAUUGGCUAAGAGCGCACGAAAUCUGGAUGGAUAAUCCCAUCAACCAGAUUGAUGCAGAAACUAUAGAACAUACUGUCAGCGAUAUGUAUAAAAUGAUGGUGAGAUCAAUAAAAACGUUUGCGGACAUUCCCACCAUGCAAAGUGUUGCGAUCGAGAUAAAGAACCAGAUUGAUGAGUUUAAACCAUUGAUACCUCUUCUGCUGGCCCUGAAGAAUCCCGGCAUGAAGGAGAGACAUUGGGAGCAGUUCGAACAAGAAACAGGUAUUUUACUGGAUUUCUCUACUGGCCUUACCUUCCAAGAUUGCCUGACUAUGGGCGUAGGAGAACAUGCAGACAUAAUGGGUCAUAUUGCCGAUAAAGCUACUAAGGAAUAUGCCAUUGAACAGACCUUGAAUAAAAUGAUUGGUGAAUGGGAAGAUGUCAAACUAGAAUUGACACCGUACAAAACUACAGGCACCUAUAUAAUGAAGGUUUCCGAUGAAAUCCAACAGCUGCUAGAUGAUCAAAUUGUCCUUACUCAGCAAAUAUCCUUUAGCCCUUUCAAAGGACCGUUCGAGGAACUUAUUGAUGAUUGGGAAGAGAAACUGAAAAUCACAGCUUAUGUAAUUGAGGAAUGGAUGGACGUCCAAAAACAAUGGAUGUAUUUGGAACCAAUUUUUACUAGUGAAGAUAUAACAAAACAAUUACCCGUCGAAAGUAAGAAGUAUAACGCCAUGGAACGAACCUGGAAGAGAAUAAUGAGAAGCGCUGUUGACAAUCCCCAGAUUAUUGAAUUCUGCGGGAACCGUGCACUACUAGAAAGUUUGAAAGAUGCAAAUCACGUUCUACAAAUUGUUCAAAAAGGUUUGUCUGAAUAUCUGGAAGUCAAACGCAUGAUAUUUCCGCGUCUCUUCUUCCUUAGCGAUGACGAACUCUUGGAAAUCCUGUCUCAAGCACGAAACCCAUUGGCUGUUCAACCUCAUCUAAAGAAAUGCUUCGAAAACAUCGCCAUGCUUACAUUUGAGGAAGAUCUGAAGAUAACUCAGAUGUUUUCAGCCGAAGAAGAAUGUGUGGAUCUGGAUCCACCGCUUUACCCAACCGCAAACGUAGAAAACUGGUUGGUACUUGUUGAAAACUCGAUGAAAAAUACCGUUAGAACACAACUUGGGAAAUCUCUUUUAGAUCUACCACUAAAGGAAAGAAAGGUUUGGGUGCUCAGUUGGCCAGGCCAAAUAGUAAUAGCGUGUAGUCAAACCUUCUGGACAGCUGGCGUAGAAAAAGGUGUUACAGAGAAUAUGUUAAUGGUUUUCUUUACUGAAACUAUGUUGGUUAAUUUGGACGCCCUUCGUGGAUUGGUUAAAGGAAAGUUGACGUUUGUUCAAAGAGAAAUACUGUCAGCCCUUAUUGUUAUAGAGGUACAUUCUAGAGACGUAACCCAGAAUCUGCUAGAUUUGAAAAUACAGAAUGUCAAUGAUUUUGAUUGGAUUAGUCAACUUAGAUAUUACUGGAUUGAAGAGCAAAUGAGAGUUAGAGCUGUAAACGCUGAAUUUCCGUACGGUUAUGAAUAUUUAGGCAACAGUGGGCGUUUGGUUAUCACUCCAUUGACUGAUCGGUGUUAUCUUACCCUAACGGGAGCUCUGCAUCUUAAAUUCGGUGGUGCCCCAGCAGGACCGGCAGGUACUGGUAAAACAGAAACAACAAAAGAUCUGGCCAAAGCAUUUGCUAGACAGUGCGUAGUCUUCAAUUGCUCCGAUCAACUGGACUUCAUGGCAAUGGGCAAAUUUUUUAAAGGAUUGGCAAGUUCAGGAGCUUGGGCAUGUUUUGAUGAGUUUAACAGGAUUGAUAUAGAAGUACUUUCUGUGGUUGCUCAACAAAUAACUACAAUUCAAAAAGCUCAGCAAGCCCGUUUGGAUGUAUUCUUCUUCGAGGGAACCGAAAUACCGUUGAAGGAAUCUUGCGCCGUUUUCAUUACAAUGAAUCCUGGAUAUGCUGGACGAACUGAACUUCCAGAUAACCUCAAAGCUCUAUUUCGACCUGUUUCCAUGAUGGUGCCUGAUUAUGCGUUAAUUGCUGAGAUUUCCUUAUUUUCGUUUGGAUUUAGCAAUGCCAAACAGUUAGCAAAUAAAAUAACAACAACGUUUAAACUGAGCUCAGAACAACUUAGCAGCCAAGAUCACUACGAUUUUGGCAUGAGAGCAGUAAAAACAGUAAUCGCAGUAGCUGGAAAUCUAAAAAGAGAGCGGCCAGAAAUGGACGAGAGUCAAAUAGUGUUAAGAGCAUUGUUGGACGUCAAUGUACCUAAAUUUCUUAAGGACGACUUAACAUUAUUUAGUGGUAUUGUUUCGGAUCUCUUUCCUAGAAUGACCGAGGAGGAAGUCGAUUAUGGAAACUUGGAGAAAGCUAUACGAGCAUCGUGCAUUAAGCUUGGUUUAGAAGACAUAAACGAAUUUGUCAAAAAAGUUAUUCAGCUCUACGAAACUACUAUAGUGCGUCAUGGACUGAUGUUAGUUGGACCUACUGGAUCAGGGAAAACAAAGUGUUACAGAAUUUUAAAAGAUGCGAUGACAAGUCUUAAAGGCGAACCUCAACCGAGUGGUUAUCCUUUCCAACCUGUCCACGCAUACGUCCUCAAUCCAAAAUCGAUAACUAUGGGACAACUUUAUGGAGAGUUUGAUCUUCAGACCCAUGAAUGGACUGAUGGCAUUCUUCCAUGUCUCGUCCGACUUGGAAUUAACGCACCAAACAAAGAUAGACGCUGGUACGUCUUCGAUGGCCCAGUGGAUGCCGUUUGGAUCGAAAACAUGAACACGGUGCUAGAUGACAACAAAAAACUAUGCCUAAGUAGUGGAGAAAUCAUCAAACUUCGGGAUACUAUGACGAUGAUGUUCGAAGUGGCAGAUCUGGCAGUUGCGUCUCCUGCUACGGUAUCCAGAUGUGGAAUGGUGUAUUUAGAGCCCGCAGUACUUGGUCUUGAUCCGUUUGUUACAUGUUGGCUUAAGAGAUUGCCUGAGGUAAAUAAUAGAACGUACGGAGUUAUAUUCUAA